AACAAUUUAGAUGAACCAACCGUGGCAGUAUACUCGGCAACAUCACGUGGAAGGAUACAAUUGAUUUAUGGUGGACAGCCAUUCAUUUUUGAAAAGAAAAUCAAACUGCCAACCAAUGAGGAGAAGAAAUAUUGGCGCUGCAAUCAAUGGUGGAACCAGAAAUGCCGGUCUCGUGUUUGCACCAUCAACGAUAUGGUCCUCCCUCUUAAUCGCUAUCAUACUCACGAAGAGAUAGUAAGGCGUAAGAAGAGAGUGCGCAAGAAUGUCGCCGGCCCUGGUCAGACUUUGGACAAGACAAACUCUAAAACCCAUGGUGCUGAGACAACAGCCAGUGCAUCGGCAACUUUAGAUUCUGCCUCUAUAGGAAUGCACUUAAAGUACGAAGAGAUAGUAGCAGAUGUCACAGAUAUGGUUGAGUCACCAUCUAUAGUAAUGGCCAAAAAGUAGACAAUUGCAACACACACACACACACUCACACAAACUCAUCAAUGAUAUUCGAAAUAUGAGCGUAUUUGCUGCAAAAGCAUUCUAAUCUAUCAUUGUCUUGCUUAUUAUUAUUGUCGUACAUGUUUUAAGUUUUAUUAUAAAUAAACUAUCUUAUAAAAACAAAAAAGCGACAUACAUUUGCAA